GCUGCCUCACCAAAGUGCGCUAUCAGCUGAUAAAGGCUGGGCAGGCGGGCAGUGUGGGGACACAGAUAGCGGGGUGGGUGGUGGUGGUUUGGGGUUGGUGGUGGGGGGAGCCGGAGGACAGAGACUCCCUCGUCGUCGGCGGCGGUAGGCUACAGAUGGGUGCGACUCUCCUCAGCUGAGCCGGUUACCGAUCCAGCAGCCAUCCAAUGCUGUCUGAAUCCAGCUGACCGCGGUUGGAAGCCCAGCAUCCAGCGAAUGACACUCGGCUAUCACUGCCACCAUGCUCCCCCGUAGUAUGCGAACAGGUGCUUUCGAUUUGCCAGGGGUGGAGUCGAGCGAUGUGCCUCUCAUCGGCUACCGACCCUUACCACCUGAUAAUGGAACGCCCAGCAACCAAUCAAGAAGAGGGAGUGGCUGCAAUGACCUGGACAGUUCGCAGGUUGAGCCCUCGCCCAUGAAGACCACGUGGUACUGUCCUCUGGACCUGUCCACCGUGGUGGAGGAAGAGGAGGAUGGCGUGAUCUACACGGUGGUGGUCAAACAACAGCAUGGCGCCCCCACCAGUCCGAUGACGGUGACGACUCGUUCCCAGUGUGUGAAGGCCGGGACGGAGGAGAAGCUGGUGCUCCACCUCCUCCACUCCUUUUCCAUGGGCGACUCCUCCUUCAUCACCAUCUUCCUCUCCACGUAUCGGUCCUUCACCUCCACCAAGAGAGUGCUGGACAUCCUCAUUGACAGAUUGGAGCACCCACCUGGGGACGGCGUGCGGAGCCAGACGAGGCAAUCUUUUAACAAAGCGGUGUGCACGGUGUUCAGCACGUGGCUGGCGGAGUACCCGGAGGACUUCAGGGCUCUGGGGGAGCCGUCCCGCCUGCUGCGCCUGGCUCCCCUCCUCCCCCAGGACUCCUCGUCGGCGGCUGACCUCCGCGCUCACAUCCUCAGGAUAGCCGAGGAGCUCAGCGAGAAGGCUCUGCUCCCUGACUCCCACGCAGAUCAGACCAGGGUCACCAAACCUCCUCCUGACGCCUCCAGGUUUGACCCCACGUGCAUCCUGGGAUUCCCCGCCGGGCUGAUCGCCGAGCAGCUCACCAAGAUAGAGACGGAGCUGUUUGUCCGCCUGGUGCCGUACCACUGCCUCGGCUCCCUGUGGUCUCAGCGGGACAAGAAGGGGAGGGAGGACGUGUGUUGGUCUGUCCGGGCCACCGUACAUCAGUUCAACAAGCUGGCCAACGCAGUUCUAGCCUCCUGCCUUUGGCCCACGAAGCUACGCAGCCAGCAGAGAGCUCGACUCCUGGAGAAAUGGAUCAGCGUGGCGGAGGAGUGCCGAGCGAGGAAGAACUUCUCCUCCCUGUAUGCCAUUGUGUCUGCCCUGCAGAGUAACCCCAUCCACCGCCUGCGCAGGUCCUGGCAGGAGACCGACAGGGAAGCAAUGAGGAGAUAUGAGGAACUGUCAGAGAUAUUCUCCGACAAGGAUAACUACUCGCAAAGCAGGGAGCUCCUGAAGGAGGAGGGCACGUCGAAGUUCGCCAGCCUCGACAACAGGGUGAACAACAGGCGUCUCACUGGGUCCAGCGCCCAGGGCACCGUGCCCUACCUGGGCAUCUUCCUCACAGACCUCACCAUGCUGGACACGGCCGUCAAAGACAGGCUGGAUAAUGGCUACAUCAACUUUGACAAAAGGAGACGGGAAUUUGAGGUUUUAGCUCAAAUCCGGCUCCUGCAGUCUUCCUGCAAAAACUGUGUUUUCGUAGCCGACGAGGCCUUCACGCAGUGGUAUCAGAGCGUACCUACGCUGACAGAGGAACAGAGUUACAGGCUGUCCAAUGAAAUUGAAGCGCCCAGUGGCCUUACUCCAACAGUGAUCAUCACACAGUGCCCAGAUUUGAGUACCUCCCGGACCAGCCUGGCUGGUGACAGCGACAGCCUCUUUGACUUCCCUUCCCCUGUCAAUAACCUGCUCUCCAAACUUGCAAAGCAUAUGAAAUCGCCCUCAGUGUCCUGUCUGGAUGUAGACACCUCCCCUCCAACCAACGACUCCUCCUCCACCUCGCUGUCCCCGUCCACUCCCACAAAAUCACACCGCCGAUCGGUCUCCUGCGGCAACAACCCCUCCUACAACACCCAGGGCUCGGGACCGGACAUGCGAAUCAUCAGGAUACGGAUGGACCUGCAGGACGGAAACUUGUACCGCAGCAUACUGGUGACAAGCAAUGACAAGACCCCCACUGUGAUCAGCUCUGCCUUAGAAAAGCACAAUCAGGACCCCAAUGAGGCGUCCAGAUAUGAGCUGAUUCAACUUCUGCCUGAGGGAAAAGAACUGGUGAUCCCUGCCACAGGAAACGUCUUCUAUGCCAUGACAUCAUCCAGCGUUGACUUCCUGUUAAGAAGGAAAGGCGGGAACACCCCCCUUGGCUUGCAGCCAAUCAGCACAGAGACCAGCGCCACUUUCCCUCGGAUCAAGGCCAAGGGGAGGCGGCUGGUCCGAACUCUGUUUUGAUAUCAAACUCUGCACAGUGACGGACGUUCCUCAUCGUUCCACGGGUCUCGCUGGUCUCAAGAAUGCGUCAGUGUGGCCUUGUCUCUGCAAAACCCCCCCGAAUCUUUGCCUUUCUCCCGAGGGAGAAUUCCCACUGAGCUUGUUAUACCAAAACAGACACCUCUUGUUAACAUGCCUCAGUGUGUUUUAACGAACAACUCUAUCGCAGGGUCUUUCCGAUGCAUUUCAGUACCCCGCUGCUCAGUCGUGUGCACCAGAGCCAUCCGCCGCUGAAGAACACCCCAAAUUUUUUUUCCUCUCCCUAGCAGUAUACAAAUUAACACACAGAGGAAGUGCAAUAGAAACCUUUAAGUGAGCGCAUUUGGUGCUGAACAUGCAUUCGCAUCAUUUCCCAUUCCAACUCAAUGCAUAAAAAGAGUCAUAGUUAACAACGACCAAGAAAUCUGUCAGUCGUGAGUGAAGUGACAUUUCCAUUUAAUUGGUCAAAAUGUGCCUCUGUGAUCACCUGAGAUGUUUGUCUAAGGAAACCAGGAUUAUGACACAAAAAAAAAAAAAAAAAAACACAAUUCAGAUUUUUGGACUGUGAAGCAAAAAUCCUAAGCAUGCAAAGCUGUCUGGGCCUGGCGUGAGAGAGACGCGUAUGGAGAUAGAUGAAAGAUGCAGCGCUGUACGUCAUUGUAGCAGAAACACUGGAGCUCGUCUAAUGGGUUGUAUUGAAAAAUAUAAAUGUUUUGUAUAUAUUUAUAUAUAUUUUGUAUGUCUGUAUGAUGUCAAAAAUGUGUUUACAUUGGCACGGAGCGCGAGGUCCAUAUGUGUGGAUUGCAAAGUAACUAAUUCAUUUUGGAAAGAAAAAAAAAAUAGAAGAAGAAUGCAUUGAAUUACAGCAAAAUUACCAUUUGAGACAGGCCAGCACAUGUCGACAGUGAGAUGAAUGAUUAUUUCAGCUGUUUGCAGAUAUUCAUUCCAGCAGGAACUUAGAAACCACUCGGAGCACUUUCCAGAGCUUGUGGCUUUGCUUAACU